GAGCAGCACAGGGGAGCCGAGCAGGGACGCAGCCCGAGAUCCCGAGGCGCCCGCCAUGGACCCCAAGGACCGAAAGAAGAUCCAGUUCUCGGUGCCCGCACCCCCGAGCCAACUCGACCCCCGCCAGGUGGAGAUGAUCCGGCGCAGGAGACCAACCCCUGCCAUGCUGUUCCGGCUCUCAGAGCACUCCUCACCAGAGGAGGAGGCCUCCCCCCACCAGAGAGCCUCAGGAGAGGGGCACCACCUCAAGUCAAAGAGACCCAAUCCCUGUGCCUACACACCCCCCUCGCUGAAAGCCGUGCAGCGCAUUGCUGAGUCCCACCUGCAGACCAUCAGCAACUUGAGUGAGAACCAGGCCUCGGAGGAGGAGGAUGAGCUGGGAGAGCUGCGGGAGCUGGGUUACCCAAGAGAGGAGGAUGAGGAUGAGGAGGAGGAUGAGGACGAGGAGGAAGAAGAAGACAGCCAGGCUGAAGUCCUAAAGAGCAUCAGGGGGUCUGCUGGGCAGAAGAUAAGCUAUGGCCAGGGUCUGGAGGGGCCCUGGGAACGCCCGCCCCCUCUGGAUGAGCCUCAGAGAGAUGGAACCUCUGAGGACCAACUGGAAGACGCAGCACUAAAUGAGCCAGGGGAGGAGCCUCAGCGCCCCAGCCCUCCUGAGCCUGGCACUUAAGUUCCCAAUCAUGCCUCUCCCCAGAGGAAGUGGAGGGGGCACCGCUCUUCCCUAGAAGCCCACUCUGCCCUCAUCCUGUUUUGUACCCUUCCCCUCACCUGCUAGGGCUGCGGCUUCUAAGUUCUAGAAGACUAAGGCUGGUCUGUGUUUGCUUGUUUGCCCGCCCUUGGCUGAUGCCCAGAGUCUCUGAUGCCUAUCCCUGCCAGUUGUUCCUCCAUUCACCCAGUGGGAGGUGGGAUAUGAGCAAGCCCACGCUGGAAAAAUCAGAAACCCAAAACAAGGAUUGCCCCUUUAUAAUUCCACUCCUCAGAUCCUCUCCCCUGGGCACAGGAGACCCACAGGGCAGGACCCUAAGAUCUGGGGAAAGGAGGUACUGAGAACCUGCAGGUGCCCUUAGAUCUUUCUCCAUCCCCUCUUCUUUGGAAAACUCCAAGUCACUACCCCUUUCACUGGCUUCUACCAGGACCCAGGACAAGACUUUUUUCUCCACAGCCUCCACGUUUUGGAACUCAUCCCUUUAUCACCCCUGCUCCUCCUGGGUGCCUGGAAGAUGGACUGGCAGAGGCUGCUUUGUUGCAUUUUGUUUGUGCUUUGAUGCCAGGAAUGCCACCUAGUAUAUGUCCUUAGAAGGGGCACACGUUGGAGGGGGGCGCCAGGAUUUCCUUGUCCUCCAGCUGUUCUGUCCCCUUCUCCUUCUUCCCUUUCUCUAGACCUGAAUCUCCCCCAAGCUGUAAUAAAUCUUUGUAAAUAAC